UCACCUGAUGCUAAUAACAAGACAAGGAAGUGCUUAUGUUUACAACCGCUGGAGUGGUAAAAUAUUCUCGUUUAAAACGUGUUGUUUUUUAGAAACAGUAAUGUAAAAGAUCAAUCGGACAUCAACUAAUGAAGAAAAGUGAAUGAAUACGCCUCGCAUUCGGGGUCUCAAUGGAGUGGGUUUUCAUCAUGAACCGGAUGAGCUCUCAGGGAAGCUCUACAGCCCAGCGGAGGAGGAUGGCCUUAGGGGUGGUGAUACUCCUUCUGGUGGAUGUCAUCUGGGUGGCUUCCUCCGAGCUAACCUCAUACAUUUUCAAGCGUCAGGAUUACAACAAACCUUUUUUUAGCACAUUUACCAAGACAUCAAUGUUUGUGCUGUAUUUGCUGGGAUUCCUCCUGUGGAGGCCCUGGAGGCAACAGUGCACUGGCACGCUGAAACGCAGGCACUCUGCAUUUUUUGCUGAGGCUGAGGCCUACUUUACGCCCUGCACCACUGACAACACUGUAAACAACCGCUUGAGUGAACCACUGUAUGUACCAGUGAAGUUUCAGGAUGUACCCAGCGAACACUCUGACUAUUUAAUCCAAGACUGUGAAUCCUCAUUCAGUCUUCUUUCUGCUCCCCCAGCACCAAAAAAGCAGCGGGUCCGCUUCAGUAAUAUCAUGGAGGUGCGCCAGCUGCCGUCCACUCAAGCCCUGGAAGCCAAGCUUUCCCGCAUGUCCUACAUGGCUGCCAAAGACCAUGAGGCCAUGUUGCGCUCUGUGGCAAAGCUAACCAUCACUGAUGUGGCAAAAAUCAGCUUCUUUUUCUGCUUUGUGUGGUUUCUGGCUAACCUGUCAUACCAGGAAGCCCUGUCAGGCACACAGGUUGCUAUUGUUAACAUUUUGUCAUCUACUUCAGGACUUUUCACACUCAUUUUUGCAUCCAUAUUUCCCAGCAACAGCAGCGACCGUUUCACCCUGUCCAAACUACUAGCAGUGGCUCUGAGCAUGGGAGGUGUUGCGCUUGUGAGUAUCUCCAGCAUGGACAACCUUGAUGAGAAAGGUGUCAGAGGUUGUCUGUGGUCGCUGGCUGGGGCUUUGCUGUAUGCCGUCUACAUUGUGAUGAUCAAGAGACGGGUGGAUCGUGAGGACAAGCUAGACAUUCCAAUGUUUUUUGGGUUUGUGGGUCUGUUCAACCUGCUGCUGCUGUGGCCCGGCUUCCUCCUGCUUCACUACACAGGCUUUGAGUCCUUCGAGCUGCCCAGUCAACUCGUGUGGACAUACAUCCUCAUCAAUGGCCUCAUCGGAACAGUUCUUUCCGAGUUUCUCUGGCUCUGGGGCUGUUUUCUUACAUCGUCUCUAAUUGGGACUCUGGCCCUCAGCCUCACUAUCCCACUCUCUAUUCUGGCAGAUAUUUGCAUGCAGAAGGUGCGCUUCUCAUGGUUAUUUUUUGCUGGGGCACUGCCUGUUUUUAUAUCCUUCUUCAUCGCCACACUAUUAAGCCAUUACAACAACUGGGAUCCAGUAUUGGUGGGGCUGAGGAGGUUAUAUUCUUUCAUUUGCAGAAAACAUCGCAUUCAAAGACUGCCAGAAGACUCUGAACAGAGUGAAAGCCUGAUUCCUCUGAACAAAGUCCCUUCCAGUGAAUCCAGCUUCCUUUCGUGAUACAUCUGUGGUGAGCAUGGAUUCAGCUGAGAAAACAACCUGGAAACUAUCAGACACAGUGAACUUACCUUUGUGCCUCUUAUAAAUGUAGUUGGAUUUGACAGCACUUUUUAAAACCCCCUUCAUUUACACUUGUCCCUUCUAUUUCAGCAGGUUUUUUUGCAUUGCUCUCAGCAGAGACUGGCAUUCAGAUUUAUCUAUUUUUGUGCAAAGAAACUUUAUGGUACAACAAGGUGCUGGACUUUAUUUAGAAAAAAGUCAUGUGACCCAGUUAAACGGUACAUGUUGAGCUCUAUUAUGACAUCGACAGGGGGACUUUUUUGCAUCUGGUUUCAUCAUCCGCACCUUCAGAUAUGAGCGCAUUGUUUAAAAGUUGUGCAGUUGGUUUCUUGGGGCUAUAUUGGCCUAAUGCCACUGAAACCGUAUAUUUUGGUGCGUUUUAUUGGUUAGCAUAAUCACAUUGUUUCCUGGCUAACAAUCAAUCAGGUUAUUUAAUGUGACUAUAUCAGUGAAUCAGUGCUUUGCUGUUUAUCGUGUUUUUUUUGUUUUUUUUUUAGAAAACAACUCUGAUUUAAUUAUCACAUCCGUCUGCCAAGAAAAACCUCCUAUGCCUUUUCAAUUUCUUUGAUUAGUUUGAACAUACAUGGUAGUAAGGGGUAAACUAAAAUGCCUUGCUGUGGGAACAAUCUCCUGGAUUCUUUAUAUAGUACAGCACAACAUGAACAAAGAGUUGUGUAUUUUUGUGAAACUUCAAUAACCACUGAAGAAAUAUUUAUUAACUAUGUAUCAUAGUAAAUGUAUCAACUCAAAAACAUUCUAUUUUACUUGGGGUGCAGAUUAUAAAACACAAGUAGGGCUGAUGUAUCUGUUAAAAUUUUCUUUUCAUAAGAGAACACUAAGUGUAUUUGCUGUUUUUGUGAUCUCGUGUGUUGACAAAAAGCACUUUUCUUAGCCUAAUACUCAGUGUCUGUCUUGUAGUCCAGCUUGUAAACACUACAAAUGAAGAAAAUUGUCUCUCUUGUUGAAUGUUAAGUCCAUGGUCUUCAUUUUAUGAUGCUGUUUUAUUCAUCAUUUUUUAUCUGAUUGAAUUUGUUGACUUUUCAAAAGACAGGUAAGAGUAAGUGAGCAAAUUGGACCUGUUUGAAAAUGCAACCCAACUUCUUUCAUAAUGUCUUAACAGAGAUUUUCAAGAAGACUCAAUCAUAAGAAACUGUUUUCCAUCUUUACUAUUCUUUAUUGUCCUCUUUCAUCAAUGGUGCUUGUUAAAUCAUGAAUAUAAUUGUUUUCUUCCUCAGGUUCUUUUUUGGUUUUUGUUGUUGGAUUUUUUUGUUUUUAUGAAUGAAUAAAGAUGUUUGUACAAUCUGAAAAUGAAAUAAAAAAAUGUGAUCGUAGAUGCCGUUUUAUUAAGAAGUUCUUGUAUAAUCAUGUAAUUUUUAUUACAUCUGUUUUUAUUCUUUAGUGUUAGUGCACUAUUAAAACGUAUGUUUAAGA